AAAAAUUACAGUAUGUUUAUUUUUCUGGUAUACUGGUACGGAGGACUGUAAUAAUACUAGUACUAAUACAGUUGAUACAAAAAAGCUCUACUGUGACGUGAUGAAAAGAAGAAACAAAGACAAGUUGUGCUGCUGCCAAUCAGCAUCGGAUGAAAAAGGAUACGCGAGAGACUCACGCCGUCGCGUGUACAGUAGAGUAGGCAGGCUGCGCUGCGGCUGCGCGGGAGGAGAGAGUAGAGAGAGAAUCCACCUCAGCUUUCAGGUGAGCUGGCCGGUGGCCGGUUCCGCCCUUUUCUAUUUCUGAGGCCUGCGCGGUUUCCAAUUCCGACGAGCCAAAACAGACGGACGCACACAAAGCGAAAGGGUGGAGAUGGGCAGAGGGGGGAGGAGAGAGAAAAUGGAGGGGGAAUAAAUAAAAAGAGAAAGAAAUAAAGUGAGGGGGAGGGGGGAGAGUUCCAUUUCCCCAAGUACUACUCCAACACGAGGAGCAGAGGCCAAGGCCAGCAGCCCUCCCAGCCACAGCCAGAAGAGAGAGAGAGAGAGAGAGGACGCGAGAGGAGAGAGAGGAGGGGGGAAGGGGAAGGAAGGGAGGCAGCAGGGGCUGCAGCAGAAGCCAGAAGCAUUAGAAGCGGCAGUCGUAACCAAGUGGCAUCAGUAGGAUAGAGCCCAUCCAUCUAUCUAGCUCUACAGGUAUAAAUCCUCACGCAUCGGUAGGAGGGCGAGGGAGGGAGAGGGUGGGGAGGAGAGGCCGCCACCAGGCCAACUACCAAGUGGGGGAGGACCGGGCCGGAGGUGGGGGGAUUUCUCGGGGGAGGAGUGCCCGGGAGGACCUGAUUGGGGGCUCCGGGCCGCCAUCUCUGAGCGCAGAUUUGGUGCCUGCGAUCUGCCAUGGAUUCGAUUUAGGUUUGGGGAGAUCGAUCGGGUCGCCUUCUCGCCACGAGAUCUAGAUUCGAUUUUUGUGCCUGUUUUAUCCGCGAGUCGUAGAAGAAGAGGAGCAAAUAAAGCAACAGGAGGAAGAAUUUCUCGGGGUGGGCAAAGGGAGAAGGCAUGAUGCUGGAAGGGCAGUCCUACCUCGUCUCGCGCUCCCUGCCGAGCUCCUGCGAGCCGGAGACGGAGUGGGCGUACCUCGCGGACCAAGUCCUCAGCGGCAAGCGCCCCGCUCCGGAAGAUGUCGAGGAAGCUGACGGCGGCGGCAAGCGCAGCAAGCCGCCGUCUCCGCAGCCGCACACGCCGGACAUCACCGAGGGCCACGGCUCCAGCCGCCAUGCCUCCGGUGGUGGGGAGCCGCAGGGCACUGGGAGCAACCCCAUUAAUUCUAUCGGCCGUGACCUGACCAUCAAUUGCCUCCUCCGGCUAUCCCGGUCGGACUACGGCUCGGUGGCCUCCCUCAGCCGCGACUUCCGCUCCCUGGUCCGCAGUGGGGAGAUCUACCGCCUGCGGCGCCAGAAUGGGGUGGCGGAACAUUGGGUCUACUUCUCCUGCAAUGUUCUUGAAUGGGAUGCAUAUGACCCAUAUCGAGAUCGCUGGAUCCGAGUGCCCAAGAUGCCGCCAGAUGAAUGCUUCAUGUGCUCUGACAAGGAAUCACUAGCAGUCGGCACUGAGCUGCUUGUGUUUGGGAUGGCGCGUAUUGUGUUCAGAUACAGCAUCCUAACCAAUUCAUGGACGAGGGCUGAUGCAAUGAACUCCCCCCGCUGCCUGUUUGGGUCAACAAGUGUUGGGGAGAAGGCCUUCGUAGCUGGAGGCACUGAUUCUUUGGGCACCAUACUGAGCUCUGCAGAGAUGUAUGACUCUGAGUCACAUACCUGGACGCCUCUCCCCAGCAUGAAUAGGGCAAGGAAGAUGUGUUCUGGGGUUUUCAUGGAUGGCAAGUUCUAUGUAAUAGGUGGCGUAGCCAACAACAACAAAGUACUGACUUGUGGGGAGGAGUAUGACAUGAAGAGGCGGUCUUGGAGGAUCAUCGAGAACAUGUCUGAAGGCCUCAACGGUGUGACUGGUGCUCCUCCCCUUAUUGCAGUUGUCAACAAUGAGCUCUAUGCUGCUGAUUAUAGUGAGAAGGAUCUCAAGAAGUAUGACAAGAAGAACAAUAAGUGGAUUACUCUUGGAAAGCUGCCUGAACGGUCUGUCUCCAUGAAUGGGUGGGGGCUUGCUUUCCGAGCAUGUGGAGACAGAUUGAUUGUCAUCGGAGGCCCGAGGACCUAUACUGGUGGUACUAUUGAGCUCAACUCAUGGGUCCCAAAUGAUCGGCCGCCUGUGUGGAAUAUGAUUGCCAGACGACCAUCUGGGAACUUCGUGUAUAACUGCGCCGUGAUGGGUUGCUGAGUCCACUGAAUAAAAGAUGAAUGAAGUGGAUAUUUAUGAAGGAUGGUAUGCACAGAGGCGGCCUGUCCAAUUGCUUCAGCCCUUAUUCUUCGUAGCGAUUUCUGCCUUCUGCCCAGUUUCAGAAUUAACUGGACAUCAGCUGAUUGUCAGCGGUCUCAUGUAACCCUUGAGUUCUAAUACUUCUGUUUCCGUGCUAAUCCAUUUCCACAUUUGCAUUUGGAUCAACUGCUCGUGAUUUCAAAGAUACGAGAUUAUGCAAAACAAAUGUCAUAUUAAUAAUCUAGAAAAACUUUCAGAGAGUUUUUAUCUAUUGAUGAGAGGAACCUGUUAAGAAAUACUUGAUUCGCCUGCAGUUGCAACAAAUGCUAAUUCUUUUUCAUCC